CAUUGCUGAACAACAACUGUGAAAGACGCGCGCAGUUUCACCAUAGCCAGUAUAUUUCACCCAUCUCUAGAACAAAUGGACCUAGCUAUACAUCCAUGAUAUGGACGGUCUCUGAAAGGUUGCGGCGCAGCACAUCCCUCAGCCUAGUUAUGGUUCACUAGACGGUUAGCUAAAGGCUACUGUCAAAGCAGCUAACGUUACUUGUUGGUUAUCUAAAAGGCUAUCACAUCCGGACACGUUCCCAUCACUAUGGCCGCUUCAGUUGAAGAGGUAUCUUUAUCCGUUGUACGGGAAUAUCUAAGUCGAAAGGGACUCAGGAGAACGAUUGCCUGUAUGGAUGAGGAGCAUCCACGCACAGAGGCCAGUAUCAACAACAGAUCCCACUUGAGGCAGAUUCUCAACAUGGAGGGUCUCUAUAGAAAUAAUAAAGCUCUGAACUCCCCCCUUAAAACAUUACUGGAGAUUAUCGUAAAGCAUCAUAUUGAGGGCCUCAAGAAUGACGAGAUCACCUGCAGUAAAAGUGAUCCGCUGCAGUCUGCUCGAACUAUGAGCUGGAUUGCUAAUUCUUCUGCAGUAUCACCAACAGUGAUGAAUGACACACAGACAGAGGAUAGCACAACAGCUUCUGUUAUUAGCAAACAUGUCAAAUUGAGGUCUGAUACAGGAGAAGUCUGCCCUUCUCAGCCUCUGUAUGCGUCAUUAUUUCCUGAGACAGACAGACUGUCCAGUCAAAAUCUAACAGGUUUCUGGGCUUAUGACUCAGAAGACCAAAAACGCCAGCCACUGAUGGCUUCCCUCCAGGACAAUGAUAGCUUCAUCAGAAGAGAACCGGAAAAAAAGACUUCCACCACUGACAGCACCCAAAGGAGCAGAACUAAUCGAAUUAGACGUGGCAUGAUGGCUGGACCAAUAGCAAGCACAUCUCAGGAAUCAAACAAAAAAAGGCAGAAUCAAAGGCUAGAAGUGUCCCAGAAAAAAGAAGAAAACAGGCAUGCUGGGGAUGGACUUUUAGUGGCUGACGUACAUCAAAAAAGCUCAGAAAGCGGCCUAACUGAAAUCACCUCAGUUGACUGCGUAGGAGUGCAACAGGAGUUGUGCAUUGCACAAGAGAGAGUGCAGAGGGAAAACAGCUUUGAAAAAGUGCGACAAGAGACACUGAAGACUACAAAAGUUAAGUCUUUGCCCAGGCCAAAUGUGGCUGAUUUGGAUGUGUCUGAGAUGGUUUUGGAUGACAUUGAUGAUGACGAUGAUCUGCGAGAGCUCUCCAAAGUGUCCUUUCAAAGAACCGUUGCAGAGCACAGCUGUGCAGGCCGCCCGAUGGACCAGCACACUGCCAUGGUUGGUGAUUUAGACCAGUGUUUCUUUAGAAAUGUGUUUGCCUUUGAUUUUCUGUUUUCUGUUUUUGUUUUUCAACAGGAAUUGAAAGCGGUUCUGCUUGGUUCCAGCCUACAUUGUUUCAGUGUCGAGUGGAGGAAUCAGGGUUUCACAUUCUUAGAAACACAUGACCUGAGAUACGGAAUCGUGCAGAAAAAGGGUGGACCUUGUGGAGUUCUGGCAUCCAUCCAAGCCUUUGUCCUAAAGAAACUGCUGUUUGAAAACUUUGAAAGUAGUGAUACAGGCCUUCAGAGGUUAAGACCUUCUAACACUACCAGGCGAAUGUGUCUUGUUUUAGCGGCGGCCGAAAUACUGUGGAGGGCUGGCGAGGGAAAACAAGCCACAAUUGCAAUAAAUUCAGGACAAAAUCAGUUCACCCCAACUGGACACUACAAAUCUCGAGGAGUGCUUGAAAAGAUAACAUGUUUUACUGUGGAUAACAUCAAGGACCUGCGGUUGCUUCUGGAGCGGCAUAUUGAUCAGUUUGAGACUGGGGUGUUAGGAUGCAUACUGUUCACCAUAUCUGCUGUUCUCUCUCGGUCCAUUGACAAAGUAAGAGACGAUAUGGACGUGCCCACCACGACACUCAUCGGAGCCCAUGGCUACUGCACUCAGGAGCUGGUCAACCUGUUGCUCUGCGGCAGAGCAGUUUCUAAUGUCUUUGACAAUGACACGGAGCUGGACUCAGGCAAUAGCAACAUGACUCUACUCAAGGGAGUCAAAGGCCACUGUGACGUUGGCCUGCUGUCCUUGUUUGAACACUAUAACAUCUGUAAGGUAGGGGCUUACUUGAAGACUCCGUGUUACCCCAUUUGGGUGGUCUGCAGUGAAAGCCACUUCAGCGUGUUGUUUGGCCUGCAGAGAGAGCUAUUGACCAAUCAGGACAAAGGCCUGGAGUUUGACCUCUACUAUUACGAUGGACUGGCCAAUCAACAGGAAGAGAUCCGCCUCACUGUCUCUGUCGGCAAAUCGACCCUGAGCUGUCAACUUGUCGACACUGAUCUCAUUCCACCACUGGAGCACUGUAUCCGAACAAGGUGGAAAGAUGCGUUUGUCAAUUGGAAUGAUACAGAGCCUAUUCUCUGACUGAUCACAAGGUUUGAUGUUAUUUUAAUUAUAGAUUAACAUCCAUUUUGCAUCACCAAUACAAAUACUUUUACAUACGUUCUUUGAAGAUUUCAUAUUUACCCAUAUAUUUUAGCAUUAGCAUUGUUUUCUCUUAAUAGUGAGACCCAGUGUUCUUCCAUUUGUUUACAUGACCUGAAGGCCUGGAUCUUUUAUAUCACAUAAUGUAUGUGCAGCUGGAAGGGUUUGGGCCCAAACUGGGAUCAUAUCAGCCAUAAAUUGUCAUGCUGAUGCCUACAAAAUUAUAUUUUUUUAAGUUUAGCAAUAAGCAUAAGGUACAUUUUUCAAGUUCUAAAGUUUGGAGGGAAACUUGUACUUUUGUUGAUGGUGAAAUGUAAGCUGCUGCAAAAUGCCGUAUUGACCUCAGUAGCCUUUACUCUUUUUACAUAAAGACAUAAUAGAUUGAUGUCCAUAUUUUACACUAAAUUAAUAUGGUUUCCCUGUUAUUAGAAAAUAAAUGAAUAUGUGAUAUUUUAAUCAAGAAAUGUUUUGGAAAAUUACUUAAUUUCACAUCAUGUCUUUACUGAUUUUUGUUAGUUACUUACUGUAUAAUCUUGUAUUAGUUUGGUUUUCAAAUGGCCUGAAAUCUAAUUGCCUUUUAUUAUGCACACGCUUUAAAUGAGAUCAUUUGUUAGGUUGUACUGUGUUUGUUUUCACUGCCUCAGUUAUAAUCCUGAUGUGUUGCCAGAAGAUUACAUUGAAUAAAUAGACUGGUGUGUUUGUCAAAGAGAAAGAAUAUUAUACUAAAUUGCUUAUAAUUACCUUGAUGAAUUUUCACUUUUAACAGACCUCUCACGUGGAACAGAAAAUAAAACUAUUCAAUACCUCAACUCACA